AUUCAGUCAAAAGGGAUGCGGCAUCUACUUCUCCACUAGGUGAAGCGCGAAUCUACGGGUACCCGGAUGACUUUUGACAGCAGGCACAGCACAAGCGGACUGGAAAGAAACACACAGCAGCUGGAGCUGCAGAGGAGUAGGGGCGCUCGGUCGUCCUUACCCCGUUUGUCCAUUCCUUCGCCUCUCCAUAGAAAAACGAGCACGAAGACUGUCAACGCCGGAAAAUUCCUCCUCAUCCUCUCCAUCUCUACCUCCUUCGCGCGCGCGAACGUGAACCGCUCGUGGCGAGGUGUAGCGUACCGCGCCGUGCCGCGCAGCCAGCCCGGCAACGGCGCCUCUAACCGGGCGAGGAGCGGAGCGUCGGUCCGCCACUGAGCACCACCAUCCAGCCACUGUUAGAACACAACAGCAGCAGCACAUCUUGCAGAGGCAACAGGGCCGCUUCUACUACUGCUGCAAGAGAAGGAGAGAGACGCUCGUCGUUGGUGAUUAUCAGCCCUUGUCUGUGUUUUAACUACCAUGGGCAACGCAAAGAGCAGACGGGAUGCGGCCGGAUUGAGCCAAAGUGUGCGAGUUGCUGCUGCUGCUGCUGCCCACUGCAGUAUUGAUGACCCAAUGAUCCCCUGCAGAACUCCGCCAGCCCGGCUGACAGAGUGAGGUGAGCCUCGGAAUCCGAAUCAGCCGGCGAGCCAACGGUGUUGACUGGACAAGUGGGACGUGAAUGGUUUUAUUAUCUUCUUGACAAACUAUAGAGGGCAUCAAAAGAAAGGCAGGCCCAAGCAUGUCCACUGAAUGAGUAGUGUGCCAGGACAUUUUCGCACUGGAAAAACUGGUCCUUUGGUGAGUGGCGGAGAGGUAAAAAAUUGAUUGGGGGAAGGGCCUAAGCUCUGGAUGGCAGAGCUCCUUGCUCAAGAUGACCCGUCGCCGGUGACCGCCGAUCUCUCCUCCGUAGCCCCCACGCUGGCCAACGGCGUCCACCCCCAGCGCAGGGGCAAAAACCGCUCCUGCCCAUCAAAGCGGGAGGCAACUGGCUCGGAGCCACCUGGAAGCAUGCAAACACACAUAGACACUCAAACGCUUUCUCCCCCCAAUUUGGACUCUUGUGGCCCUGUAGAGGCCCAACAGUCCCGAACUCAACGCACAACAUCACCUCAGUCCUUGUCUUUAGCGCUCGGCAAUCAUCCGACCGCCGCCAAUCAGGCGGUUGGGCGGACCCUCGAUGCAGAUAUGGAGAUACCCGCAAAUGUCUGUCCCAGUACGGGCCCGUCACCUCUCAUUGUUGAGGCUGAAAGGAAGUAUGCGUUGCGCAGCUCCGGACGUUCUCGCUUCCCUUGUCAUGUGCGCAAAUCAUCCCGCCUCCGGCGAACCCUGGACGAAGAUGAGAGGAGAGCAGAGAAGGAGAGACCAAAUGAGGAGGCGGUUGAAGCCUUUGAGGAGAAGAUCUGGAGGGUUAAAGAGGAACAGGUAGAAGAAGCUGUCCUGAAAAAGGAGCAACCAUCCUUGGCACCUGUCAUCCCUACGGCUGUUUGCCCUGCAGAUGUUCCUCUUGCGUUAACCGUACCCAAGAUGGUCCCCAAAGCUACCCCGAAACUUGGUCCUAGACUCGGGCACAGACCUGGACCUAAAUCUCGAUCGAGGCCGGGUCCCAAGUCGGUCCAGAGGCCCGGUCCUAAAAGUGUCAUGAGGCAGCGUCUGGCAGCACAAGCAGCCUUACAGGGUGGCGCCACUCAUUUCCCACCGCCUGUCAUUGCGCCACUUUUGAAGAAGGAGUUGCAAAUUUUCUCCCCCAAUGGCCGGAGGUGUGGACGCUUUGUCGGAGUGCGGAGGAUCGUAGUCAAAGUGGCUCGCAUUCCCGUGAACCUCGGCCGGCGACAGAAAAGCUACAAGAUCUCCAAUUUGGAGACAUUUGCGGCGCCUGAGAAGGGCGGUACUCUGGAGGGCCCGGAAGUGGCUAAGGAGCCGACAGCACUCCUCCGCAUGAAGAACAAUGGCAAGAGCGUUAUGGUCAUGUUCCCUCCCGGAGAAUUGCCUCUAAUUGUCAAACGAAGGCGAGGGCGACCACCCAAACAGCCAAUUCCCUUGGUAUCAGGGGAGGUCCCUGCUACCUGUGGCGAUGGAGAACAACUUAAAAAGCCCCGGAGGAGGCGACGGACUAAACUCCCUUGUCCCUAUCCAUCAUAUGUUAGUGAUACCAAUGAUAUAAAAACAGAGUAUGGGGAUGUUCUAUCAAAACUGGCUUUUUUGAAUCGCCAGCCUCCCACCACUGGCCGAUGCUCCCCCCCUCGCUGCUGGACACCCAGUGAGCCGGAGAGCUUCCACACCCCCUCAGAAAACCCGGGAAUAUCCGCCCUACUGCACAGGCUCACUGGGUUUAGGCGACCCCGGGGCAGCAGAGGAGGAGGUGCUGGAAGAGGUGGGGCUACAGCAGGGGGUGCUGGGAACUGUGAGCACAAUAAAAGCACCUUCUGUGACUUCUUUGAGUCCAUUGGCAAGAAGCGAAAACUGAGUCCCCUCACUGAGCAUGGAUUACCCAGAAAAAGGGGGAAAGGUGUGGGUGGAGUCGGUAGAGGCGGGGGUGUGGUCGGAACCGAGCCUGGGGGUGAGAAGACAGUCAGGAAGAGACGCGUGAGGAAAAAUGGCACAUUAAAAGGAGAGGGGGGUUGCAUGGGACAGGACUGGCCCAAUGGUGCUGGCGGUUGGGGUGCGGAGGACACUGGUAAACGGUACGAGCUCUGCAGAUCUACAAGAGGGGGCUUUUCCUCCGGUGUGGUCGGCAGGAGAGGGGCCUACAGCCGCGGAAGCAGGGUAGUCCGGCAAGUCAGGGAAGACUCGCAAAGUCUGUUUGCAGGGUAUUUCCGAUCCCUGCUGGACUCGGAUGAUUCAUCUGAACUUUUGGACAUCUCGCAAUCAAACGCGCGCAAAGCUUCAUCCGGUCACAGUUAUGAGUCAUCCAGCCCAGCGUCUGGUCACCAGUGGUCCACAGCCAUCCCAAAAUGGGGAGCCAACGGGGCAAGUUGUGCAGCGGAUAGUCCGGCGCAAACACAUGGCUCUUCUGCUGGGCCUCCUUACAGCUAUGCCAGCCAGAAUCAAACAUCCCCUACCCCUUCUGCGUACCUUAAAUCCACCCCACCGUCACUUUCGCACUCUCCCAGUUCCCCCCACCCUGCCAGCUACGGCCACUACUCUCCUGCCUACGCCGCAUCUUCUUGCGCCGGGCCCCAGAGAUCCUCAGACUGCAGUUUUUCCUAUAACAGCAGUGGUAAGACUUUAGUUCAUGACCGGGGUCAGAUUGGCUACUCCGGUUACCAGUCGGCAGCCAGGAAGGGGUACACUGGAAGUCCUGCCACAGGACCCAUAUCACCAAGUGGAGGCUACAUGUCGGUGGCCAAAGGAGGGACCUUUAGUUCCUCAUCCUCGCCAGAGUGUUACAAACAAUACACCAGCAACCAGUGGAGUUUAAGGCAAGGUUACGGUGGCUGGUCAGCAGACAAUUUUGGCUCUCACGCUUACAGUGAAUAUGGCUCCAAUGAGUCAAAGGACAUCUUGGACAUCUCCAACUACACCCCUCAGAAGUCCAAGAGACCCCCUUUUCCAGAGAGCCUGUCGGAGUCCUCCUCCGACUCCUCGCAUCCCGGCUCGGGGGCGGCCGGGAGUGGAACUCCUUCCAUGGGUGGAGUCUUCAAACAAAGCGAAACAGUCAGUGGGGAGGGAGCUCCGUCCAGCCUUUCUAGCUUGGAAAAGCUGAUGAUCGACUGGCACGAAAGCGCUUCAGCGCCUUCCUACAACUGGAGUCAGAACGUCCUCUUCCAGGGCGGGGGGACCAGCAAGCCUGGCCGGGGGCGCAGGAAAAGGAUUGAACAGACGGAGAAAGAGGGGGCCUCGGUUUUACACUCCGAUUCCCCGUCCAGUCCCUCUCCAACUCUCACUCCUAAGCGGGGAGGGGCUGGAGGACGAGGCCGAGGGUCGAGAGGAGGCAGAGGGGGAAUAUCCGGGUGCCCGAGAGAGCGUCUUUCUGGAUCCAAAGGCAGGGGAAAAGCUGCAGCUUCUUCUUCGGGUCUGGAGGCUUCUGGCUUAUUCCAGGAGGGCCUGGACUAUUACAGCGGAGAUAGUAGCAGCCUCUCUCCCUUAGCUACUCCUAAUUCAGCACCCCCUUCCACCUACCUCCAAGAUCCCUGUGAGUACCCCUCCCCAUAUUCUGCCCACCCUUCUACGCCAUCUUCUGAAGAGCGAUAUCCAGCCUUGUACCCUGGAGAGUCCUCUUCCUCCCUGUCCCCUGGUGUGUCGUCUCCCCCUUACCCUGCAAAAUCGCAGUCUUAUCACCUUGCCCCCUCCAGAAACUUCUCCCCAUCCUGCUCCCCUUUACCACGAGUAACACCUCACUGCAGCUCGGCAAUGAGCCCCUCAUACCGCCCCCCUCCUAAAGAAGCGCCGUUCUCUCAAUACGACUCCCCCAGUUACUGCGGUUCGCCCUACUGGUACGGACAAACGUCGCACAGCAGCACCCCCAGCCCAAGUACCCACCCUCAUACGAGCCCACACGCCAACACUCACGGAAACCUUCUGGCAAGCCCCAACGCUCACAUGAACCCGCCGCCUCAUGAGCCGCAGCAUCACCUGAGCUCCCAUGCCAAACCUUACCCUGGCAACUCCCUUACUCACGCCCACACCAACAAUCAGCCUCAUCUUGGCACGCAGGCUGCCGCCCACUCGGCGCCAUCGCUCUACGAAGAGUGCAGUACCGCGACCACACACAAGCAGGAGCUGAUGCCGCGCCAAGGCCUGCUAACAUCGCCGCCGUACACAAAAAGCAACAUAGAGGAGGACUCCGGUGCUUACUCGCUGUCCCAUGUUUCCUGCCAAGCCAUGGGGCAUCGUUAUCCAUCACAGGCGUCGCAGCAGGGAACCGGAGUGCUGUGCCAGCUUUUGGACCAAGGCCAUGAUGAUGGCUUUAGCGUGACCAGCCUGUAACAGCAGGUGUGUUUACUCUGCGCCUUUGAAGCAUUUUGUUUUUUUCCCUCGCUUUUGUACGCUUGAACUUCUUCUUGGUGGAAGGCUGAAAGGGUGAGAAUUUUUAGCUACCAGCUUUUUUGGGGACUCCAAAGCUUUAAUUCUCCGGCAUUGACAAUCAAGAUCAACCCCGCGAACACACACACAGACGCACGCGCACAAAGAAUCAUACGAGUCGGGACUCCAAACUACCGCUCUUUUAAUUUCUUGUCGCUUUUUUUCCUUCUUGUCCUUCCUCGACGUUCUCGCCGCUGUGCACGCUUUUGAAACGCCCGCCGUUCCCUCUUUACGUGGACCCCCCCACCACUCUUCUGAGACACCAGCAUCUGUAAAUAUUCUCCCACAUGCUCUCCUUUUUGCCUGUCUUUUGCUGUCUUAACUCCGCCAGAAGGACCCCAAAGAGCUGUGCGUGUGCGCUGGCGUGACUGCAGUCAUGCAUGUAUGUGUGUCUGUGUGCCUGUGGGGUCCUAACGAGUGGGCUUUCUUUCACUUUCCCUUCUUCUUUCUGUUCUGUGGUCUCGUUGUUGUCGUUUGGUGGGUUCUUUGUGACGCGAAAUCCCCCUCCUUCCCCAAAAAACAAGUUCUAUAUCUGUCCGUUACAUAUGUAUGUAUGUACGUAUGUAUGUAUGUACCCGAGGUGCAAAAAUAUUUAAAUACACAUUCUGUUCUUGCCAUUGGUAACGGUGUGUUUUUAGUGUCUAUUUCCACCUAUCUACGGGAUUAGGACGAGCAAGCACGUCGGUUUUUACUCCAGCUGUCUGGGAGCGAGAGCAAGAGUUCGAGUGAGGACACAAAUUGGGA